ACUUUGUUACUUUUGCCUUCAAAAACCUACCUUAAAAAUCGAAAAGAGCGAAUCUCAUAGAAGCUUCUUGAACGAAAUCACCUCAACUGUCUCAUUCUACUAUUUCCCCAGUCUUUAAUAGUAAUAAUACUGCUAUCAUCAACCACUCCGAGUAUAUCCGUCUGCAACAAAUUCAUUAUUCUCAGUCUUUGAUCGGUCUAUACUUGGAUCACCUAUAGAGCUUCGGUAUGCUGCUUUGCCGAUGAUACUGUCAUUUACGGUGCAAGACAAAGAAGAAUCCCUCAAAAAGUGAUAGAUAGUUCCCUUCUUAUCACAGUUCCGAAAUGUUCCAAACAUUCAGUGGGAGUUCUCGCAAACCAAGACAAGUCAAUCUUUCUGGCCAAAAUCCAAAUCCAUUCGCUGCCAGCUCCUGGAAUUCUCCGCCUUCCGCUGCUCAGAAGACAUUGGCACAUGCGCAACAAGAGAGAGAGCAGCGUCAGAGAGAAAGAGAGAGGCUCAACGCUUCGAAGAAAAUCCAGAGAGUAUGGAGGGGUCAUAAAAUCAGAACCGAGCUUGCCGAUGCACGAAGACGACAAUACCAGUUGUCCUACACUACUCACGAAGAAAGGUCCGAUGUGCCCAUUACAGUUGAGCAAUUACAGCUGUUGGUUGCAUUUUGCAGCUCCGAACGGCAGGAUGAUAUAGCACAAUUGACGGCACUUGGCAGAAAGUUGGUUGGUAAUAAUAAUGCCGAACUUAUAGGUCAAGCAGAGUAUCAACCUUAUUUGCUGAAACUAGCAAAGCUCAUACUCAGCGCGCUCAUGGGGUACGCUUACUCACAUGUGUUUAUUCUUGAAUAACUUCUAACCUCUUCAGUAGUUCCUUACCCAGCUACGACACAGCCCUAUUCAAGCUCCUGUUGAAUAUACUAGUGCAAAAAAGAGAUAUACUCCCACAUAUUUCAAUUCCUUAUUACAACUUUCUGUCAGCCGCAGUGGUCAACAGCAGUAUCACUGAUGGACGUCGUGCAGAGCUUGUCUCGGCAGCACUCUUUCCUCUUGAAGAACCUCCUUUGGCGCCAGGAGAUUCGUCCAGUAUGUCUCCCCUGCCCUAUGUGAACCUGCCAUACCUUGUUACUGAUCCGAUAUAGUUUCAAUUUCACUAGAUAUCUAUUCAGCCAUGGCAUCUCGGUUCCUUACCAUUCCAAAUUUGGAGACUAGACUUGGAGAUUUACAAGGACUCGCAUCUAAGAUGAGCGGCAACCGUCUAGCUACAGCUAUAGUCCGUGACUACUCAAACAUCUCUUCCUUGCAGUCAAACCCAGAGGCAAAGCUAUGGCUGCUUGCUCACUUCAUUGUAAUAUAUCAUAUGCGAGAGCAUCAUGAACAAGAAGUUGACCUAUUGAGAGCCUUGUCUCUCCAGCUAACAGCGUGCGCGGUCGAUAUUAUUGGCAAGGUGGAUAGCGUCAAACCAACGUCUAAAACUUCUCAAAAAAAGGAAAGCGAAGGAAAGGAAGUGCAUCUUGUACGGAGCUUGCCCACAUUCAUCAGUAGUCAGUUAAUAUCUUUGGUAAAUAAAGCUUCAAUAGUAGGAUUACUCGAGAGAUUUAACAUGUAAGUCAAGCACGUUUUACUUUCUUAAUCUUCGCUAAUAACUUGGCAUCAGCGAUUAUGCCAAAAGAUCGACAACGGGCCAGGAGGAUGCAAGCUUCUUAGCAAGUUAUGCUCUUACACUGUUGAGAAUCUUCCCACAUCGUGCGGAUGAAAUUAGAAUGUGGCUUUGUUCUAGCUCUAUGACAGCUUCAAAUGGUGACCAGGUGCUGGCUCUCAAGUUUUUUUGGCAGGCAAUGAGCUCAACUAGCACCUUCAAAGCUAUCGUGGCGGAUUCGAAAGCUGCAUUAGAAAUCCUUCGGUAUCAAAAGCAACACAGUAAUGAACCAUCUCAAGAAGUUAUGUCAAGGAAUCGAGAAUGGAGAACCAUUCUUCUUUUCUUAGAACUUUAUACAUUUGUCCUAAAAUUCAUAGACGAUGAGGACUUCCUCGGCGGCAGCAUGGAGUCAAGUCAAGCAAGUGGUACUGUUUCCAAGAUUCGAGGGAGUGCACUUCCAUUGGAAGCUGUCGAGAAACUCACCCUUUUUCUGAAGAACAUCUCAUUCACUACUUAUUAUAAUGCUGCAGAACUUUCUGCUGAUGAUAAGCCUGGUAUGGAAGAUGGUCUAAGCACCUAUCUCAGCAUCAACAAUCAAUCUGGAAAGGAAAAAAGGAGCCUUGGCGAGGGGCCAACGACAAGUAACUCAAGUUGGCCAUUCGCCGGAAUUUCGGGCAUGACGUUCUACUAUAUGAGGACAAUUGUUAUCGGGGUCAUGCGAAUGAUCUAUGAACGAGAUUCGAGACGACAAUUUUUGCCAAAGGAUCAUUGGCUCAUGACGACACGUUUUGACAUGAAAGGCUUUAUUGUUGAUGUUAUUAAGGAGCAGGAAAGACGACAAGAAGUUGUAGACGGUGGAGGUACUGAAGACGAGAUUGAUGAAGAUGCAGAAGAGUUUGGGCCUGUCCAGGGCCUCAGUAUAAGUCGCUUGAGUCGACCGCAUUUGAUGAUACAGCAGGAGAUUUUCAAUCGGCAGCAGCGAAAACUCAAUAAACGGAAACUCAUGGCCGCCGUUGGACCAAGAAUUGAGGUAUUAGAAAAUAUGCCAUUUGUUAUCCCUUUUGAAACUCGUGUUGAGAUAUUUCGUCAGUUCGUCAUGUUGGAUCAACUCAAGAGACGAGCAGGAGUCGUCGAUCCGGAUUCAUGGCGAAUGCGAAUAGCAGAUAUGUCACUUAGUAUGCAUGCUGCACGAGAAAUCCUUGGCAGGCAUCAUGCACGGAUUCGUCGACAAAAGGUUUUUGAAGAUGCUUUUGCGGCCUUCUAUCCACUGUCAGAAGGGCUUAAAGAACCAAUUCAGAUCACCUUUAUUGACAGCUUCGGUACGGUUGAGGCUGGUAUUGACGGCGGUGGAGUGACGAAAGAGUUUCUCACCAGUGUAACAAAUGAAGCAUUUCGCAGCCCUCUAGACUAUGGUAGUUGCACAUCCCUUUUUGUGACGAAUGAUCAAAAUCUACUCUACCCCAAUCCAACAGCGACUGAACAAGAUUAUGAAUUUUUGAGAUCGAAUGGGAUAAACGAUUCCAACCCUGAUUGGAAGGCAUAUAGCGCACAGCUGCGCAAUCGCAUGCAAUUCUUAGGUCGCAUAAUAGGGAAGUGUUUGUAUGAGGGAAUUCUCGUCGAUAUCAAUUUUGCCGGAUUUUUCCUUCUCAAAUGGUCUGCUGCAUUUUCUGGUUCAGAAGCAACAAGCCGUGGCAAUCUCAACGAUUUACGUGACCUUGACGAAGGAUUAUAUCAAGGGCUAUUAAAACUUAAAAACUAUCCUGGAAAUGUCGAGGACUUCUCGCUCGACUUCACCAUAACCGACACAAUUCCCAGCCCCAUACCGGGUGUCCGUCCUAAAAUCAUCACCCGGGAUCUCAUGCCAAAUGGCUCCAAUAUUCCUGUUACAAAUGAAAAUCGUCUCCUAUACAUCGCAUACGUCGUUCGGCACCGGCUCCAUAUUCAACCUUACGAACUUACCCAAGCUUUCCUUCGCGGUCUCGGCCAGAUCAUAAAUCCUUCAUGGUUGAGCAUGUUUAACCAAGUCGAACUUCAAACUCUAAUUUCCGGCGAAACAUCCCAGAUCAACAUUGAUGAUUUACGUAGAAACACCCAAUAUGGCGGUGUAUAUCAGAUUGGAGAUGAUGGACUUGAACACCCGACUGUCAUGAUGUUCUGGCAAGUCAUGGAAGAGUUUGAAGAUGAGGAUAGGAGAAAAGUACUCAAGUAUGUGACGAGCACACCAAGAGCACCCUUAUUAGGAUUCUCAUCGUUGAAUCCACUGUUUAGUAUCAGGGAUGGUAGUGCGGAUGAGAAGCGACUGCCAAGUGCGAGUACGUGUGUUAAUCUGUUGAAAUUGCCGAGAUAUAAAAGUAAGGAGAAGCUGAAGGAAAAGUUGUUGUAUGCAAUUAAUGCAGGGGCCGGUUUUGAUCUUUCUUGAUUGAGGUGUUUGUAAAGGGAUGGGUAUUAUAUGGAGCCGGAAAGGAGGAGAAAAAAAUACUUAUGACGCAAAUGAUAAAUGCGAAGCGAUGAUUGAUGACAUUCCUACAAGAUACAAUAUUAUGCAUGGUCCAGGCGUUUUCUUUUAUUUCAUUUCCCAUUCUAGACGAACUGAGUUAGUUGAUGAAUGUAUGGAUAAGAUGGUGGUGUAGUAUGAUAUCAGCGUUGGAUGGAAAAACUCCUAGAUUAAAACAGCGUGCUUAUGGUAGAUUGAUUUGUAGAUGGAACGUUUACUCAGCGGGAGGAGAAGGGUAAGGAUGAUGGUUUGUCUACAUAUCUUAGCGAAGAAUGAUAGGAGGGAUGAAUAGGAUGGAUGGAUGGAUGGUCAUGAAUUUGCAUAGAUAGCAAAUCA